AUGCAAGGUGCUAUCGGUAGUCUCCCCGACCGCUCGUUUCUCUGCGUCGUCGCAGACCAACGUCCUGAGUAUUGCGACAAGUCGUUCCCAACAAUUGAGAAGCACAAUGAGCAUCUAAAAAGAUGCCACUCUCUCGUCUUUUACUGUGAAAAAUGUCUGUUCAAGUUCAAUUCUUCAUUGCCCGAGAAGAACCUUGGUUAUGCCAAAAAGCAACAUGAACAGGAGUGCAAGUACGAACCUUCACCGGAGAACCUCAAAGCCAGGAAAGACCACUGGUUGAUGGACAGUGACCAAUAUCAUCGCUUUAAAGUCGUGGGAUGGAGAAAUACUCCUGUUCCCAACUUAAUAUUCAUCAAUGGCGAGAAAGAAUCUCUGUCGAAGAGAAGCUGGAGAAGGAUUCGCGAAACGAUUUUCCCAGGCUCUGAGGAACCAGUGAUCGAGCCACACGCCGGGCCUGCGGCAUCUGACCAGACGAUUGAAGCUGUCAUGGCCAUGGUAGAAAGGAGGAUGUCGGUCAUGCCGCAACACCCCAACAUCCGAGAACCCAGCACAGAUCCCAGGCAAAGGUUGAAGCUGGUACACAUCGCUCCUUCUACCACAGACAUAUCUCAACCGUCGGCUCAAUUCUCCUGUGAGAGCGAUUCUCUGACGCACCCUUCAUCGUACGUGUUGUCGCACUCGGGAGCCGAUGGACAUCAAGAGACUUAUGGUGCCGAAUACGGAAACACCAAGGACCCUGCAGACUCUUUCUCCUGGGUCUUAGAGGAGUAUCAGGGACCACAGCCCUCGGAAUCUUUGAGUGGUACUGGUAGUUGGGUUAUCCCCCCACUACCGCCCCAGGUUCUCAUGGACUGUGGCCCGGGCAACCCACCACAAGCACCUGAUCAAGAGUAG